UAGUUUUUGGUGCAUCGCUGAUAACAACAAACCAUUUUCCAUUCCAUUAUUGUUCUACGAUUUCACUGCUUUUGUUAUUUAAUAAAUAAGAAUGAUUGUGACAACUGGUAGAAAAUAAGCAAAUAAACAACUUUAGAUGUUUAUCAGCAUACUUACGCUGAAGUUGCUAGAAUAAUUCAACAAUUGAAUCAUUGAAGUAAGAAAACAAAGGCAGUAGCGUCAGUGGGUGGAUGAAGAUGUAAUAGCCUAUUGCACUGGUUUGAUAAUCUUGAACAAAAUAAAGUACCCGACACCAUGAGUGCGACGGUCAAACGUGAUAAACUCUUCAAAUCUUGGACUGGGAUCAGUGAGGUGGCACUUAUUAAAGAGGUGGCCACCAAGGGAGAAAACAUAGAUCUCUGUAUUGAAUAUUGGGCUCGCAAAAGAAAAUUGCCCCUACAAGAAUAUGAACUCUUCUUCCAAGAUGUGGUGCAAACAUAUGUCCAGCGAUUGCUAACCGAACGACUUGUCUGCAAGGCGGAAAUGGUGUUGAUUAAUGUGAAAAGAGACGUUAAAAGUUUCUACUACCAGUUCGCCUGUGAGUGCGAUGAUGAAGAGCUUCGCGAAAUUGUGUUGGAACAUCUUCAAAAGAAAGAUACUCAAAAUUAUGAGACUGAUUUGCUGCAUUUACAGUUCUAUUGGGAUUUGCUGCAGCAACUACAAAAGUUUCCUGAACUAUUGGCGAAAUGCAAAGCGAAACUGCGACGCGUUAAUGUCGAGACGCUGGUGCAUUGUGAUGAAUCAUAUCAAAAUCGACUAGUAGCAGAGUUAUACUUUUUCAAUCAAAAUUCAUUGUUGUUAGACCAUUUAAAUAAAUAUGAUAUGUGGAGUCAUUUAGUUGAAAAUGCGGAACUAUCGCAUUUAGUCCGUUGGUGCACAUUGGCAGGUCAAUCGCCAAAGCCGGAGUUCAGUGCUUUAGAAGUAUUAUUUUGUGAGUGGGCGCUCGAAUCGAAUAUGUAUGAAUACGCACUGAAAACCUUAAAAACUCCCAGUGAAACAUUACGUAAUUGCUUUGCCUCUGCGGGAUACAUCUUCGCUGAUGAAAGGGACGACGUGGCAAUAACUUUGCGUCGACUUUGCACAACUGAGAGCUUGGAAUGCAAUCGUGAGUUGUUGGAAAAGUUACCCAUUGGGCGCUUUUUGCUAAAACGAGGACUGCACAUGUUGAUGCUGCGUGAUUUUGUAAAGACCCGAGAGCUUGAGGAGAUGAUUGAAGUAUUUCUGGAUGAUGAAGAGUUGCUGAAAUUUUUGGUACCGCUGAAAGAAAAUAAACUAGAUGAGCUAGAAGGAUUUCAAAAUGUUUCCCAAGCAACCAAAGUUUAUUUGGAGCAUCAAGGCAUUGAUUUCAACAGUUCACAACCCCUGGUAACACUAUUCGAUUUCCUUAGCAAUGAACCUAGUGUGGGGACAUUAAAUUGUUAUCUACAUACGACAACCUUGCAAAACAUUCCAUAUUUGAAGACAUUUCCCAUUAGAAAUCCCACGAAUAACAAUGAAUCGAACAUCUCUAGUGGCUCAGACAAUAACGGUAAUGGUCAGAGUAAAAAUAUGCCCACCCCUUACGAUUUCCUUCGCAAAUUCAAGCAUAUCGAUUUGAAGGAAAUCUCAAAAGAGGUCCAAUUAGACAGUAUCGCAUCAUUUUCUAAUGAAAAGUUAUGUGCGAAAUUUGCUCGAAAAUAUAAACUCAAUUUCCUUCAUUAUUUGAAACAGCAACGUAGUAGCUACGCUGUCUACUAUCUUGUCAUGGGCCAUCUGCAGCAGUAUGGCAAGCUGACCAAAGGUCAUCUCUUUAGCGCUACCGAAUCUGUCACCGAAAUGGCUUUGCAAUACGCUAACAAUUCGGAAUUGGUAACACACUGUGUUGCCUUCAUUGAAAUGAUCGGCUACGAUUCACAAUAUUUGCGUAAUUACUUGAAAUUGUGUCGUCUGCUGGAAGAGACAGAAGAGGAAUUGGAAGAUGAGGCUGCUAGCUCGUCUGCCAAAACAUACACACAAUUGUUGGCGCGCGUGGAAAGAAUACUGCUGCAACGCAUAGUAAAUGAGCCGACUAAAUUUCCUUUAACUGAUUAUCAAGCGCUAAUGCGCCUAGUUGCUUCCAGUGGUCAGCGUGAGUGGCCUAUGAAAGUUUUGGAAAAUUAUGCACGAAGCGAUGAUUGGUGGCGACUGCUGGUGCUGCUGCAAUACUUUGACGUGCCAUUGACACAAGUCCAAAUAUUGCUUGACCAUUUUGAAACGCGCACCAUGGGUGAGCAUAUGCUCCGAGCAUUUCUGUGUGAACUGAAACGGCAUGCAAGUUUUUCGCGUCAAAACAAGAAGCCCAUACGCAAGGGCGAAACAAAUCCAAAUACAACCUCUGUUGAGACCAUAGCCUCAUCUCUUAGUUCUGCUUGCAACGAUCCCAAUAACGCGCUAUUUCGCACUGCACCCAGUCAACAACGACUUCAUUUUCUGCCCGACGCUUGUGGGCGGUUAGAUCUCUUUGCUAUUGUGCUCUUAAGUGGUAGUCUCUUGAAUGAGGAGCGCGUGAACAGUGCGAACAAAUUUCUUGAAUUUUUACUGGAUCAAAAUGUGCAUGCGGUUUCAUGGAAUUUACUCAGGAAUUGCGUAAAGUACCGACUGCCAGUGUUGGCUGUACUAGCCGCUACAGUAAAUCCUGCAAAUGUCGAUUGGCAGUGGCUGGUAUGGUUAGCCGUUGCAACAAAUCAGUGGACUGAAGUGCUCAAACUCUCCACGCUUGAUAUACAAAAAGUCACUUGGUUGUUAGUGGAGAAUGCGGUGCGCCAAGGUGAUACAUCACUGCUGCUAAGAAGCGUACGCAUUUUCUAUAAGGACAACGCCUGCAUACAUUUGUGUCGUUUUUUAGAGCGCACUCAACACAAGCGCUACUUUGACGACGAGGAUGUGCACUCUCUGCGUCUUUUCCUGCUUGCAUGGAGCAACGAUUCGAUAGAACUGCCCUUCUGUGAAGCACAGCCACGCGAUGAGCUCAUGCAGCGCAGCGUUGGUCUUCUUCUAAUACAUUUACAGGAAAACUUUGACUCGACGUUGGAGCAGCAGAAGUUAAUUAGUUGUAUCUGUCGCUCCGAUAUAAGCGACAUUAGCGGAUUUAUGGACUUUUGUCUGCUACAUGGCGUAUUUGAGGCACUGCAAAGCCGCCCGGGUUGGGCUAAAUGCUAUUCCAUCGAUUUUGAGCAGCUUGCACUACGGACUAAGCAAAUCUACGAUCAAUUGUUGAGCGAUUUGCGUCAGAAAAGCGAAUAUGACUUGGCCGUACGUUUGGCAACAUUGCUUCACCAGCCCAUUAGUGAUAUUGUUUAUACCAAAUGGGUGAGCAAGCUGGAGGAAUCUGAGACGGCAGACGGAGAAGAACCGUAUUCGAUCGACACUUUUAAGCAUUACGAAGAUGAGAUUACGGAACAUUCACUACCACCGGAACUGCUUGUUAACUUUUAUCUCUAUGCAGCUGGUCGACUGUUAAAGCCAUGCGCCCGAAAAUAUCAGCUUUUGAAACGUGCGCUUAAUGUUAUUAAACAACAUCACCUCUUUCCGAAUGAGUCUUUUGAUCGUGAUCAAAUUGAAUACGAAAUGAUUAUUUGCUACCUGCAGCUUAAUGAUGACAUUGCAACUCAAAUGGAUGUUUACCACUCUGAAUAUUACGAGCAGAUCAUGUUGAAUGAGCGUUGUGUAUUAUACAAGUCUUUCCUCGAAUUGAAAGAACUUGCCGGUAUAGAGGACCUGAAUGUAAGUAUCAAACAUCCCUUCACCAGGCAAAUGGAAGCGCAACUGGAAGCCCUGCUCAACUUACUGCUGGACAAAGGUGACAUAGUGGAAGCAUUACGUUUGCAGGAGCUUUUUGAAUGUCGCCCAAUCGAUCUACGUUUUGUGGUAUUUUGUAUGGCCCUUGCCGAGGGUGUGACAACAAUUUUCAGCAUGUCUUCGGAGGAAAGGCAAAUGCUGCGCGACAUUGAGAUAAGCUCAUUUGCUAAAUUCAAUAAGCGCACACUGGAUAGUGGUUUGCUGGCGAGAGAAGGACAAUAUUCACCAACGAAUGCAAGCAGCGACAUGUCGGACAGUAGCUCUACCUUCGAAUUCGAAGAGAUUCCGUCUAAGGAGAAACGUGAAACUUUGGAAACCAUACAGGGCAUCGCCUCGAAAUUGGUUUAUGGUGUAAAUAUUGGGCGUCGCAUUGUAAUGGUAUAUCGCGCUGCAAUGUACUUGGACAAAGAGUACCUGGAUGUGCUGCACACAAAAGAUACCACCGUGUUGCUGCAAAGUGUGGCCGAAGAGAGUUGCCUGCAUCGAUUGCUGGUUGUGAGUGAUAUAUUCACAUCAUCGCAUAUGACAGCGCAAGAGAUCGCUGAACUUCUGGCUUCGGAAUUGACCACCGCCAUAGUACGUCCACGUUUCUACAUUUUCACCGCCGAUCAGCAAUCGAAAAACACCAUCAAGAAUGCGCCCGUUUGGGGCUACAACAUAGAUCGUGAUCUACAUCUCUUUUUAGAACUGGUACCCAAUACGACAAAACUGGGCAACUGCUUGCUGGAAUACUGCGAUGCAUUAAAAUCCUAUCGCAAGUUUCAAGACAAUAAACCUUACGAACACAAUACGGUAUUUGAGCGUUUAGCUGAAAUCAUUAGACGUUAUGGGCUGCCAGCAGGUAGUCUAUCUCAAAUGACGUCUUCCAUUCCACUAAUUACCACUGUCUCAAACGCCGGUCUAGUGUUGCCUCCGGCACAGGUUUUGUCACACAAGAAACAGAAUAUCAUCUAUGUGGAAUUGUUGAUCAAGGCGCAUCAAUGUUACGUCCACGAAUGCUCCAUGGAAGGAAUAGCAAAUGUGCUGAAUCGCGCCAAAGCACUGAAUGCCGUGCUAACGCAGGCAAAGUCUUGGUCACUCAUUGUGCGCAUGCUCAGCGGCAUAGGUCGUUAUCGUGAAAUGUUCUACUGCUUUGAUUCGCUACUGAAAAAUGAGCAAUUCGAAUCACUUCUGGGGCAGUUCGAUGAAGAAAAGACAAUUGGCCUACGUCACGCCAUAAUCACAUAUUUACGCGAAUAUUGUCCAACUAAUAGUAGAGAAUAUCUGAAACUGACGGCACUACACUUUCUCAUGUAUCAAGAACUGGCUGAAAUGUGGGAGCAAGAUGCGCAGGCGGUGCUUGCAAAGGUGCUGAAUCUGUCAUUAGUUAGCAGCGCCCAGCUACCUGAAAAGUUGUCUAUGGCUAAUUUGACGUCCGCAAAUCCUACGAAAACGUACAUUCCCAAACUUCGUUGCACGACCGAAUUAAUCACUUUGUUGCAUCAAGCAAUGGAAUAUUACACACAUGCCACCGAAAAUUAUUUACUAGAUAAUAAACUGCUGCUUGCGCAACGGGUAGCGUCGCUAGCCGAAAUGCUGGCCAUGCAGAUUAAUUUAGCUAGCAACGCUUUGGAUCGCAAUACUGCGGAGCCUCAUCUAUGUGUUUGUGUGGUUAACGUACAGACACGCGACGAAUUUCGCGAACUCAUUAAUGCAGAGCUGAGUGUACCGCAAUCGCUUAUACUCAGUCGUGCUUAUGGUUACGAUGUGAAUUGGUCUGAAGUGCUACUCUCGCAAUAUGUUAUACUUGGGCACACGAAUUAUCUGCAAGAAUAUUUACAGCAUUUACAAAUCAACGACAAUAUCAUUGACAACACCAUUAAGGGUUUUCAACUGUACACUCAACACCAUCGUAUCAACCCACAAAUGGAGGACCGUUUGGCGCAGUUGGUGGCUUUGGUAAAGUCCGUCACACUCAAAUAUAAACUGGCCUCCUUGCUAAGUCUCAAACCGAUUAUUAUGUCGCUGCUGAAUGAGCAAACAUCACAUUUUUUGCGCGAUACUAAUUUCGGGCGCAAUGAGAAUCGCAAUUUGCCCGAUAUGUGACAUUGUGACAAAUUAUACACAAAAUAUUUAAAUUUUUAUUCAAUGCAAUACUACUAUCAGGGCUUAUCAGUGUUUUAAUAUUCUAAAAUUUAUCACGGCGUGACUUUGUUUUCUUUUUAAUUGUAUUCAUAUUCAUAUACACUCAUUAUUCAUAUACAAAACUGCAUAUAGUGCAUGCAUACAUUUAGAUAAUUGUAAAGCGUUAUCCUCGAAUUACAUAUACAUCUACAUAUUUUUAAUGUAAGAAUAAAGUAUAUAUUUUUUACUUAUAAAUUCAA